AUGACGGCGACCCGACCGAGCAGCGUGCGGGCGUCCAUGGAGUUUGCAGGUCCGCUGAACGCGGUGUCUGUCUCGUCCAGCCAGAAGCUCAUAGCCGUCGGCGGCCGCGACGUGCUCAAGAUCAUUGCCCUCGAGAGCGGCGGCUUUGUUGAGAAGCGCAACCUGCGCUCGGCCAAGUCCAGCCUCAACUUUAGCACCAACGAUAUUCGGUGGCAUCCUCAAUCCGACUACCUCCUCGCAACCGCGUCGACAAACGGCUACAUUGUGAUCUGGGACAUCCAGCGCGACACGGCCAAGCUCCAGAAGCGCGACUUCAAGGCCCACGACCGCGCUGUGAACCGCAUUUGCUGGCAUCCGACGGACCCGAACCUGCUCCUCAGCGCGUCCCAAGACGGCUUGAUCAAGCUCUGGGACCAGCGCUACAAGGGCAAGCAGAUCAAUGUGUUUCAGCAGCAAAAGUCUGAGAGCGUUCGCGACGUCAAGUUUAGUCCCUAUGGCGACACCAAGUUUGCGGCCGCGUUCGAGAAUGGCACGGUCGAAGUCUGGGAACUCGGCAACAACAAGAAGCCCGAGAUCACGUUCACGGCCCACCAGGGCCACAUUUUGUCGCUGGACUGGCACCCGACGCAGCCAUCGGUGAUUGCGACCGGGUCGCGCGACCGCAGUGUCAAGAUUUGGGACCUGAACGACGUCAACAAACCCAAGCAAACGAUCGCGCUGAUUGCCAACGCAGGUCGCAUCCAAUGGCGCCCCAACUGCCCCGAUCACAUUGCAACGAGUUCGUCGAUCACCGACAGCAGCAUCAACGUGUGGGACACGGCGCGGCCGUUCGUGCCCCUCGCGUGCAUGAAGGGCCACGCCGACAUCGUCUCGGACUUUCAGUG